AUGACAUUACUCGACGUGUCGGCGGAAGCCGUACACGCAACAACCCCAGCGAGUGCUCAGGCAGACGCUGAGGCCGUUCUGCAAAAAGGUUGCGGCGAGUACGGAUGCUCACACUACCGGAGAAGAUGCAAGAUCAAGGCUCCGUGCUGUAAUGAGGUGUUUGACUGCCGGCACUGCCAUAACGAUGCAAAGAGUCAUUCAGAGGACAAAAGCCGACAUGAGAUCGCUCGGCACAAUAUCGAGCGGGUAGUUUGCUCCUUGUGUUCGACCGAGCAAAAGGUGCAGCAAGUAUGCGAGGCAUGCGGCGUGUGCAUGGGACGGUAUUUCUGCUUCAAGUGCAAGUUCUAUGACGACGAGGUUGCAAAGAAGCAUUUUCACUGUGACGAGUGCGGCAUCUGCAGAGUUGGUGGCAAGGACAAGUUUUUUCACUGCGACAAGUGUGGCUGCUGCUAUGCCACCUCGUUGAGAGAGGACCACCGCUGUGUGGAGAAAUCCAUGCAUCACAACUGCCCUGUGUGCUUCGAGUUUCUCUUUGAGUCGCUCCGAGAGACCUCGGUGCUGCGCGAGUGUGGGCAUACAAUCCACACAGAGUGCCUGGACGAGCUUCGGAAACACAACAGGUAUGCGUGCCCCAUCUGUUGCAAGACCAUGUUUGACAUGUCCCGAGUGUGGGCACAGCUAGAUCAGGAGGUUGCUGCAACACCCAUGCCAGAAGCGUAUCAAAACCAGAUGACGCCUAUCCUGUGCAACGACUGUGGGGGCAGCGGUUCUGUGCCAUUCCAUGUGGUGGGGCACAAGUGCCCGCACUGCGGCUCCUACAACACUCGCCAAACACAGUACAUCGGGGUGAUGACAGAGGCAGCGCGCAUAUUCGCACACAACUACUCUGCCGACGUGCUGCUGCUCAGACCUUUAUCAUCCCUCACCACCGCUAAGUACCGCUCUCCUGUAUUCCCCCAUACCAUAGUCUACCAGCAGACAGUGAUCACGCUCGCAGCAGACGACGACCAUGUGGCAGUGCUACACACACGCAGCCCCAGCAACGCGGGGGGAGCAUGCUUCCUCCGCUUCAUUGCUGCGUGCUACCUCUCCCACAGUCCCCUGUUCCCUUCACCCUCCCCCACCCCAACCACUCACGGCCCCCCUUCGUCCCCCUCUUCCCGUUCCCCUCCACAGCUGCCGUCUCUUAUCUUCCCCCAUCCUUGCCUAUUUCCCUCCCCCUUCUCCUCCCUCAUCUUCCCCAUCCUCUCCCAUCCUCCUCCGUCCUCCCUCGUCCCCCUCCCCAAUUCGUUAUCCCUUCCCCCACUCUCCUCCCCCAAUCCCCUCCAAUCACCGCAGAGUUUUCACGCAGAGUUUCCCAGUGCGUGGCAGGCCCUUGCUUCCCUCCCCCAACCCCUCGGCCAACCAGAACUCGCCACGUGGCACCCCCUCCCCCCCGAAGAGCCGGGGGAGGGGAAGGGGGAGCAUGGGGGGCAGGGAGAGCUUGGGGGGAAUGGGGCGGUGGAGCACCAGAGGGAGGAGUGGGGGGAGGUGGUGGGGGGAGGGCAGAGGGGCAGUAUGGGGCAGCAGCGAUACUGCACCUACGUGGAUGAGUUUGUGAAGGCAGGGCGAGGGGAUGAGGUGGGUGCUGUGCUGUUUCGGUGCUAUGGAUGCCUCUUCCCUUCCCUCCAACCACUCCUGCCCCCGGUCAUUCCCCAACCCUCGUCCUCCAUCUCACCCCCACUAGUCUUCCCUUUCCCCCCUUCGUCUUCCUCUCUCCCCACCCUGUUUUCUCCUGUCCAGCCCACAAAACAAUCAGUUCCUAAUCCCACCCCGCUUCCCCCUCUCUCCCCUUCCCCCUCUCUCUCCCCUUCCCUCUCUCUCUCUCCCCUUCCCCCCUUCUCUCCCCUUCCCUCUCUCUCUCUCCCCUUCCCCCCUUCUCUCCCCUUCCCCUCCCCCUGCCAGCCAUCACUCGCCUCUCUGCCACCCGCUGCCCCAAUUCUUCGGAAGCUUAUCCUCAGCGCAUGCCCAUCCAUCGAUGGGGCCGGCGUCUUUCGGCCGUAUCUUAAGGUGUUUCGGAGGGGAGCAGAAGUGAGCAGCAGUGUCUUGCCUGGGGAGGUGCCGCCCUCCUUCCCUACGGGCUCAGCCUGGAUGGUGCCCUUUGAGGUCAACGCGCCUGUGUGGGGCGACUGUGCAUUUGCCGUGCACCACUGGACAGGCAACAGCAGCAGGGACGAGAGCGAGCCGGUGUUUGUCUUUGCCUUCCACUCGGCCUUCCUACGCAUCGGCCUCACCCGGAUAACCCUCCACGAGCUUGACUGUGCAUACGGGGGAGACGUUCAAGUCCCGGCAGACUUCUUUAUCGAUGUGCUUAUAGAGAUGCCGCAGCCACAUGGCGGCACGCCAUUGGCCGACGACGCCCACUCCGACGGCGCGCCAGCUGGCGCGAUGCUGACGUGGCAGCAGCUGCUGGCGGCAUACCGGGACGAGUUCGUGGAAGCUUCCAGGAAGCAGCGGAUGAGCCAAGGGAGGGAAGAGACGCAGCAACGGAAUGCAGCAAGGAGCGAGAGGGGGGGAGAGGAGGCGGUGAGUGGGAGGGGCAGCGCAUUGGAUCAAGGGAACGAGGUGAGGGGGGCCUGGGAUUGGAGAAGCGAAGCCAGGGGAGCUUCGGAGCAGCAGACAUUGGAGCAAAGAUUGGAGCAGAGACACGAAACUGUGGGUGGGAGGGGCGCGAAUCUGCAGCCGGGGAAUGAAGCGAGGGAGCAGCGGAGGAGCCUGGCUCGCAGCCUGGUGACAGAGGUGCAGGCACACCCGCUCCUGCGCCACACAGGACAGCCAAGCCACCCAGGCAUGCCGGUCAUGCAGCCCGUGCCGCCCGGAAUGAUGUUCAUGCCGCCCGAAGUGAUGUCCUCUCAACACGACCUCCCUACCACCCCCACAACGCCUCACAUGCCGCCCUCCCCCCACUCGCCGCUCCCACACUCGCCCCUUCCCCAACUACCAUCCCUUUCCGAAGAAUUCAGCCUCUCCCAUUCCUCCUCCGCUGCCUCUCCCGCCGCAAGCCAGCCCUCUCAGGAGCUUGACUCUCUAGCAGAUCUGCUCAUCCGCAUGUCUCUGUCCACAGGCUCACGCCAUAGUAUGGGGGGUGGGGGGUUGAAGGGGGGUGAACGGCAUGGCAUGGGGGGUAAGGGUGUGAGCUUUGAGCAAGGGAGGGAGAGGCACAGCAUGGGGGGUGGGAAUGUGAAGGAGAGGGCUGGGGGUGAGGGGAGCAUGGUGGGGGGUGCGGAAAGGAUGGGCCAGGAGGGGAGUAUGGGGGGGAAGAGGACAAUGGGGGUCGCGGGGGGGAUGAGGGGGGAGGGGGGCAUGGGGGACGCGGAGGGGAUGGGGGAAGAAAACCAGCGCAUGGGGAAUGGGGGAGCCUAUGUGAGCGCCAUACGUGGGGAGGGGAGGAUGGGGGGCGCGGAAGGUAUGGGAAGGGAAUGGGAGGGCAUGGGUGGUGGGGAUGCGAUGGGGGGAAGGCGGGAAGGCAAGGGCAUGGGAAGUGAUGAUGUGAGGGUAGUGAGGGAGGGGAGAGAAGCAGGAGGAGAGUGGGGAGCAGGAGCGGCCUCUGGCAAACUGGCUGCGCCUGGGAUGGGGAGACAGCAGGGGGAAGGGGAGGGGGGGAGCGCGGAGGGGGAAGGAGACCUUUUCCCCCCAGCGCGGCCCUUGCACUGGAACAAAGUGACUAAUGUGAAAGGGACAGUAUGGGAGGAGAUAGAGAGAGAUGGGGCGGGUAAAAAAGAGAGAGAAGAGACAGUAGGGGAUGGGGGAAUUAAGGGAAGUAGCAGUAACGUUCUUGUAUUGAAGGUGACACUACCAGAUGACAUGAGACGAGCCAUCCGGGUGCUUUUCCAGGUGAAAGCAACAAAGCCAGGUGGGAAGUCGAAGACAGGAGGAGGGUUGCAAGCGGAAGGGGGAGGACAGGGGGGGAGGAAGGGACUAGGGAAAGAUGAGUUACAAGUGGUUGGUUUGGCUCGUGCUAACAACGUUGCCAUCAUGCUGACUCAAUUCCGCAUGCCGGAAAAUCAAAUCCGAGAUCUGAUCCUCGCAGGAGAUCCCAAGCAUGUGCUGCCACCUGACCGCCUGGGCCUGCUGCUUCAGGUGAUUCCAACAGAGGAGGAGGUGGCAAAGUUCAGAGCAGUCUCAGGCGCUGCUUCAGGUGCCAUGUGUGCACCUGAGCGUUUCCUUUGGUCCAUAUCAUUGAUCCCAAGAAUGAGGAGGAAAAUCGAGGCGCUAAUGUUUGUGCGGCAUUUCCACACCAUUGUCAACGAUGCCCGGGCAGUUAUAAAAGUUUUCUGUUCAGCUGCCCGAGAGAUCCGCAGCAGCAAGGUUCUCCGGGCAGCAUUGGCAGCGGCGCUUGAAGUGGGGAAUGAGCUCAACCGAGGCAGCUCGAGGGGUUCGGCUCGCGGGUUCUCUCUCGAUUCCCUCGCCCGCCUGUCAGAGGUGCGAGUCACUCCCCCCUCCCACCGUGCCAAGGGCCUCGACUCACUGUUCACCGCCUCCCAGGUGGCUUUUGAGUCGGCUCAAAAGGGAUGCCACUCAACCGGUCCAGAAGGGGGAGAGGAGGAAGCAGGGGAAGUGGGGAGCAGCCUUGUGGGCAGUGCAGUCAGAAACAAGGGAGGGGAGGGGGGAGCAGGGAGGAGAGGGAAGCUUACAGUAGAGCUGGCAGCAGUAGGGGAGGCUGUUAGGAUGUCCCAGGCUGACGUGGCGGAUGCCACGUCAGCACUGGACACUGGUCUGCGAUUGGUGGAUGAGGAGGCACUGUUUGCAUCGCUGUGGUCGUUCGCCUCUCUCUUUGAUCGAGCACAGGCGACACUUGACAUGUGA